AUGGCAACGAAUGAGAAAAUAAUGGAUGAGAGUGGUAUUUUUGCCUGUUACCACGCUGUUGAGGUUUUCGCUCUUCGAGUCGCACUGAAUCACAGUUCGAACACGAAACAAAUGGCAAGUGAGCAAAAAGUCGAUGAAAAUCAACCGGAAAAGGGAAAUGACAAUCUGGUAGCAAACACCGGCGUUUCAAGCGGCUUUACAGGGAUGGUAUAUGAACAGUAUCGUAAAGCUAAAGAGAACGCUGAAGCUUAUCCUUAUGUAUGGAGUUCCUAUCUUAUCGUCUAUGGUGGAUUUGGUCUCUGGGUAGCAUAUAGAUACAGAAAGCUUCGUAAUACUGAAGACAGAGUCAAAGCUCUUCAAGAAAAACUUCGUAUCCUUCGUCAAGAAAGAGAGCCAACAACAAGCUCUGCUGCAUCGACCAAAAAGAUAACAUCAUCUAAUGAAGAAUCUACCAAAUAGUUUUCAGGUAGUUCAAUGAUGCACCACAUUGUCAUUCAUUCCAAUGAAGCGUGAACUAUAUGGG